AUGGCCGUUUUUUUUAUUUUAUUAACUAUUUCAAGGUUCGUAUCUAUAUCAUUGGUGUUUCUGAACAAGUAUCUUCUGAGUAGCAGUGAUGUCAAGCUUGAUGCCCCACUGUUCAUAACAUGGUUCCAAUGUGUAGUGGCCGUCGUUAUCUGUUUCUUCCUUAGCCUUGCCGCUAAAUUUUUUCCAAACAUCAUCACAUUUCCAGAGUUUAAAAUUGAUUUUGGCAUUGUUAAACAAGUCUUGCCGUUGUCGAUAAUAUUUGUGAUGAUGAUAACGUGUAACAAUCUUUGCCUCAAGUACGUCGGGGUUGCUUUCUAUUACAUUGUCAGAUCUCUCACCACAGUUUUCAAUGUCAUUCUCUCCUACAUAAUCUUGAAGCAGACGACUUCGGGCAGAGCAAUUGCAUGCUGUGGCAUCAUCAUUGCCGGCUUUGGUCUUGGUGUUAAUCAAGAAAAUGCUAUGGGUGACCUAUCAAUCUGGGGCGUAAUAUACGGAGUCGGGGCAAGUUUAUUCGUUGCAUUGAACGCCAUCUACACUAAAAAAGUUUUGCCGGCCGUUGACGAAAAUAUCUGGAGGCUGUCCAUUUACAACAAUUUAAAUGGCUGCUUUCUAUUUUUGCCUCUCAUGAUAAUUGCCGGGGAAUUUCCAGAAGUGUUGAAAUUUCCGAAACUUCUCGAUCUUACAUUCUGGUCGUUUAUGGCGCUCAGUGGUGUCUUCGGGUUUGCCAUUGGCUAUGUUACAGGACUUCAAAUACAGGUUACAUCCCCGCUAACCCACAACAUUUCCGGGACAGCCAAGGCAGCCGCCCAGACGGUCCUAGCGACGAUUUAUUACCACGAAGUUCGAGAUUACCUGUGGUGGUUUAGUAACGGGGUCGUUCUGUUUGGUUCUGCAGCCUACACGCACGUAAAAAGGCAGGAAAUGAAGAUGAAAUUUGAGGAGGAUAAGAAAUUAGUCGAAGAAAAAAUUGUGAAAAGCGAUGAUGUGAGUGAUGGCUGUGCUGAUGCUGUUGUUGUUGGCGGCGAUAUUGGCGGUGGGAGUAAGAUGGUUGUGCUUAAUGUUUAA